CCUACGCUCCUUGCCCUUCCACGGACCCUCAGGCCAGGCUGGCCACCAGCCGCCCCACCACCUUCCGACUCCCCGCCUAGUCCUUAUCUCCGAAUGCUCAUUUGCGCCCCCUAAAGCUUUCGGCGGGGCGCGCGGAGCCCCAACCGAGCCUGGCGCAAUUAAGGAUGCCUAGAAGUUGACAUAUUUUUAUUGAGAAAUGUUUUGCCACCUGAGACCUGUGAGGAGGUUAUGUCUAGAGAAGAUAUUUCCACACUGGUUUCCCUCCUCAAGAGCUUUAUCAGGAGCUGAAGCUGUCAAUGCUCUGAGACCGUUCUAUUUUGCGGUACAUCCAGAUUUCUUUGGACAGCACCCCAAGGAAAGGGAAAUCAAUGAGAAUUCUCUUAAGAGAUUAAGUGCCUACUUAGAAAGCCUUCAGAAGCCAGGCUUCAAGUCUUUGAAACCAACUCAGCUUACAUUUUAUGUAAGAGUAACAGACCAGAAUUCCUCUGAUGGCCAGGAACACUUUAGUACUUCCGGAUUUCGAGCAGUCAGAUUUACUUUGCAUACCAGAGACCUGCUAAGCACAGUGUUACAUAUUCUCAACUGCUGCAGCUUGUCUGUUGAACACGUCCAAAGCCUGAAUACUAAUGUGCAUUCCCAGUCUCUCAAAGAGGCUAAAAGGAUGCCUGACAGGCCCAUCAAAUGGGACAAGUCUUAUUACACCUUUACUGGAUUCAAGGACCCUCACGAAGACCUUGAACAAGUCUCGAGAAUGGAAACAACUCUAACGUCCUGGUUAGAUAACAAUGGAAAAACUGCUUUUAAAAAGCUGAAGAAUAGUUUGCCACUUAGAAAAGAACUAGAUCGCUUAAAAGAUGAGCUGUCUCAUCAGUUGCAACUCACAGAUAUCAGGUGGCAGAGGAGCUGGGGCAUCGCCCACCGCUGCAGCCAGCUGCAUAGUUUAGGCCGCUUAGCACAGCAGGACUUGGAAACACUUAAACAUGCAAAAGGGUGUACAAUAAUCUUUACAGACCGAUCCGGAAUGAGUGCAGUGGGCCAUGUGAUGCUAGGAACCAUGGAUGUCCACCAUCACUGGACAAAACUUUUUGAAAGAUUGCCAAGUUAUUUUGACCUUCAGAGGAGGCUAAUGCUUUUAGAAGAUCAAAUAAGCCAUCUUCUAGGUGGCAUCCAAGUUGUUUAUAUCGAAGAAUUACAGCCAGUAUUGACCCUUGAAGAAUAUUACUCUCUUCUUGAUGUGUUCUACAACAGACUAUUGAAAAGUAGAAUACCUUUCCACCCUCGAAGUCUGCGUGGCUUACAAAUGAUCCUGAAUAGUGACAGGUAUGCUCCAAGCGUGCAUGAACUCGGGCAUUUUAACAUCCCAAUUCUCUGUGAUCCAGCAAACCUCCAGUGGUUUAUUCUUACCAAAGCUCAACAGGCCAGAGAGAACAUGAAAAGAAGAGAGGAAUUAAAGGUUAUUGAAAAUGAAUUGAUGCAGGCUUCAGCAAAUAAAUUUUCUCUGGAAAAGUUCUACAAGGAGCCCAGCGUAUCCAGCAAACAGAUGGUGGACUGUUGUAAGAGACUUCUAGAACAAUCACUGCCUUAUCUACAAGGGAUGCAUCUCUGUGUUUCACAUUUUUACUCUGUUAUGCAAGAUGGAGACCUUUGUAUUCCUUGGAAUUGGAAAAAUGGAGAAGCUGUGAAAUAACCAAAAUCUGUAUUAUCUUUUAAAGAGAUAGGAAACUGUUAGACUUAUUUAAAUCCAUUUUGAAAAAACAGUGUUAUUUGCGUAUUAUAAAAACCAAGUUUCUAACCACUGCUUUAAAAAUAGACUUUUUAAAAAAAAUUUUAACUUCUACUAAGAAGCUUGUUUUUAAAAGAUUCUAGCUCCCAGUCUUACAAUGUUUCUUACCUGACAGGAAGGACUGAGUUAAAAGAUGUUAAGGUAAAAGAACAUAUUUUGGUGGUAUGUUAAGUGAGAGCCUCUCCAGAGUUUUAAAGAUAAACAUAUUUUUAUAUGAAUCGAUGUUGGUGAGUACAAACAGGCCUCACUCAGGCACUUCUAAAUUAACAGCACUCACUCCCACGUGUGAUGUAAUUCAGCAAACACCUUUCUGGGUGCCCCCCUGUAUCCACACACAUGUAUUUUGCAGCCAGCACGGACAGGUGAUGUUCGAACAGAUGGUGGAUGGGUAGCAAAAAUGAAGACAACUAAAUUUUACCUAAAAUAAGCAAAGAGAGAAAGCAAUUAAUGACUGAAAACCAGUGCGCAAAAUAUCCUCAGGUGUUUUGUGACAGAGAAUUUAUAUCCGUUAAGUUUUCCCAACCCAUUAAAAUACUGUAACUCGUAGAGCACGAAACCAACAGUGCUUUACCAGUUUUGAAUCAUUCAUUGAGGUGACUCAUUUGUUUUCAUGACAAAUUUAUCUAGGAAAAGCCUCGCUGAUUUCCUGAAGUGUUUUAGAAGUAGGAUCCAGUGCAGGUGGCAAAGACCAGUCAGGGUCCCAGUCACCCCUCUCAGUACGGUCCUCCUGCUCCGACCAGUGUCUGCAACACAGGUUAGAGCCCCUCAGAGCCACGUCUGGGCCACAUCUGUGUGGGUCUUACACAGCCCAGCCUCUCUCACUGCUGAGUGUCCCCCAGGGUAACAUUUUUUUUUAUUAUUACAAAGUUUAUUUUUACAUCAUUUUGCACAUUUUUUUUUUCCAUCUUGAUUGUAAUCCCCGCGGGUUUCCCAUCACCAAAUCACCAGGGUAACAUUUUUAACCAGGCCCAAUCCACUUAGCCUGUUUCUCAAAAGGAAAAAGUGAAUCCUGGUUUGGAGUCACUGUUUUGGUGACUCUUACUGCUAAAGAUGAGAAAGGAACUUUCCCUGCAGUGGAUUCAAAAGGAAAGAUGUUACAAGUUGUUCUUGAAAUAUGUUUUUAAUAUAUCUAAAACAGAUUAAAUUGUUUCAAUUCAAAAGUGUGUUCAAAAGUGUUGAUUUAUAAUAAUUAGAAUCGAUGCAUAUUAUACCUUUUUAUCCAUGCCUAACAACUGUACCUUUUUUUUUUUUCUAAUGUAAUAAAUGUUGCCUAUAAAGAUUUUCCAGAGCCAGAUGAUGGGAGUAAAACAGUUCCUUAACGGUUACGUAAGAAAAUCUAUUGGAAAAAUGGUUUCGGGUUAUGCCAUUUCUCAAGUCAACAAAUAUGGAAUCCUCAGUAAUAUGCUUUGAAGUGGACUCUCUCGACUGAUUGUUGCAUAAUAAAGCUACA